AUGGAGUGUACAUGGCCAACUUCACAGGUCAAUGUUCAGGAAAAGGUGAAGGAACAGCUGAUUCGAGGGCAUGAACUUGCUAGUCAACUUCGUUUGGUUGUCAGUAAUGGUGAUGGCGGAUCCGCCAGAGGUCUUGCUAAGGAGAUCUUUUGCUCGUUCACCACCAUCCUUUCGAUCUUAAGUGGGAAUCAUGAUUCUAAGGGGAAGAAUACUCAAGUCAAUACUAGUAGUAGAACUAUUGCUCUUCCUACUGUAAUAGAUUCAUCAUCAUCCUGGGAUGCUCUCAAGACUAUUAAGAGUACGGAAAGUUUAAUGGAUAAUAGAAGUUCUUCCAAGAAAAGAAAAGCUUCGCACUCAUGGAGUAGAGACGCUCCCGAUUUCAUUGAUGAUGGUCUUGCUUGGAGGAAGUAUGGACAGAAACAGAUCCUUGAUGCCAUUUACCCAAGGAGCUACUUUAGGUGUAGUCAUAAGUACGAUCAAGGCUGUAAGGCGACCAAGCAGGUGCAGAAGUUGGACGAUGAUCCAUCCUUGUUUCGAACUACAUAUAUCGGAAAUCACACAUGCAAACAUGGUUUACUCGAAGCUCCUGAACUUGUGCUUGAUAAUGUAACUGGUGGUAGUUAUAGAGAAGAGUCUACUUCGAAUUCCAAGUUCAUGAUCACGUUUGGGAACACCAGCAUCCCGUACCAACAAGGACAUCCACAUUUCUCAUCACACUACUCAUCAACCGAAAGAGAGAUCAUCAAAUCCAAUCAUGUGCCUAGCAGUCAAUUAUCACCAUCACUAUCUUUCGAUUAUCUUGUUCCACCUGAUCAACUGAUGGUGUUUGAGUCGUCUGAGCCCAUCGGCAGGUUGCCAAUGUGGCGUGAUGGAGCUUUACUCUGA